UAGAAGUUUGCUGAGCUAAGUAAGGGCAGUGUGCCUGGCCCGGUCCUAGCGGUCCUCGGGGCCCAGCGGGGCUGGGUGCGGGUACCCCUACGCGGGUUGCGGGAACGCAGCCGCGGGCGUCCGUCUGGGGCGCAGACGGAAACAGGUGGGGUCCGCGGACGCCCCAGCCGCGGGGUCCCGGGGCCUUGCUCCUCCCCGGACAGGGCGGGACGGGGAAGUCCCGCCCAGAAGGCCCGGGCCCUGGGCGGCCCCCGGAGCUGCGCCCGCCUCCUUCCUGCCGCAGCGACCCCGGGCUCAGAGGGCGGGUCUGAGCCCAGAGGGGGAGAGGCUGGCGGGUCAUGCCCUGGUUGCCCCGCGCCGCGCUCCUUUGGGACCUGGUCCUGGGCUUUUUGGGCACCGCCGCCUUCCUGGCCGACCUGGGCGCCGACCUCUGGGCCGCCGGCCAGUAUGUGCUCAGCGGCCGCUACCUGUGGGCCGCGCUGGUGCUGGCGCUGCUGGGCCUCGCGUCUGUGGCGCUGCAGCUCUUCAGCUGGGUCUGGUUGCGCGCCGACCCCGUCGGCUUGCACGCGUCCCAGCCCCCAGGCCGCUGCCUGGCACUGCUGCAUCUCUUGCAGCUGGGCUACCUGUACAGGUGCGUGCAGGGGCUGCAGCAGGGGCUGCUGGUGUGGCAGCAGGAGGCGCCCUCUGACUUUGACCUGGCUUAUGCCGACUUCCUGACUCUGGACAUCAGCAUGCUGCGGCUCUUUGAGACCUUCUUGGAGACGACUCCACAGCUCACGCUGGUGCUGGCCAUUGUGUUGCAGAGCGGCGGGGCCGAGUCCUACCAGUGGGUCGGCAUCUGCACAUCCUUCGUGGGUAUCUCGUGGGCUCUGCUUGACUACCACCGGGCCUUGCGCACCUGCCUCCCCUCCAAGCCGCCCCUGGGGCCGGGCUCCUCUGUGGUCUACUUCCUGUGGAACCUGCUGCUGCUGUGGCCCCGAGUCUUCGUCGUGGCCCUCUUCUCAGCUCUCUUCCCCCACUAUGUGGCCCUGCACUUCUUGGGCCUGUGGCUGGUGCUGCUCUUCUGGGUCUGGCUUCAGGGCACGGACUUCAUGCCAGAUUCCUGCUCCGAGUGGCUGUACCGGGCAACCGUGGCCACCAUUCUUUAUUUCUCCUGGUUCAACGUGGCCGAGGGCCGUACCCGAGGCCGCGCCGCCAUCCACCUGGUGUUCCUCCUGAGUGACAGUGUUCUCAUGGCGGUCACCUGGCUGACUCACAUCGCCUGGCUGCCCAGUGGGAUCCCACUGCAGACGUUGCUGCCUGUGGGCGGCGUCUGCGUCCUCCUGGGCCUGGCUCUGCGGCUUGUCUACUACCGCUGGCUGCACCCUAGCUGCCACUGGGAGCCUGACCGCGUGGAUGGGACCCGAGGCCUCGGCUCCCUCGAGUGGCGUCAGCUGCCUCAAAACAGGCGCAUGGCCCAGUUGGCUCAGAACUUUUUCCCCAGGGUUAGGGAUGAGGCUGUUUUGCCACAGAAGGGAGAGGUGAACGGGGUCCUUUGAGGCAGGGUCAGACCCAGCAGGGGACAGAACAGAUGGCAUCAGUUGGUGGAACCGAUUCACUCUUGAUUCACUCAAGAAGCACUUAAUGCCUGAUGUGCCGGGCACUGGAGACCAGAGCUGAAUAAGGCAGAGGCCUGAUUUCAAGGACGAGAACGAGAUGAGAAAGGCCGGGCCCUGGAGGCUCAAGGGCCCUAGUUAUGUACAAGGCACUUUGGGAGGAAAGAAGAGACCCCCCCCCCCCCCUUCCCCUGCCAACCAGUAUAGCUGGUGCCCUAAAGGUCCUAGUGCUGGCAUUUUCACCUCCCUGGCCGCCUCUAAAAUUGGUAGAGGUGCUGUCCUACCCCUUGGUUUUCCUUUCCUGGGCUAGAAGGUCCAGGACCUGCAGGAUGUGUUCUCCAGAAUUCUUCCUCCCUGCCCCACCCGUCAUCCAGUUCAUUCAACAAAUGUUUACUGGGAGCAAUUUCUGUGCCGGGAACAUUCUAUCCUUGGGACCUGAGCAGGAUCAGCUGCCGCCCGAGCUUCAUCUCUUACCCUCUCCAGCUACUCCUGAGUAGGCUCUCACGGUGGAAGCCGGGGAUGUCCAACUAGUAGCCCCUGUCAACCUCCCCAAGGCCUCUGUGCGGCUGGCCCAGACUCUGGUCCUGCUCUCUAGGGGCCACCUUUCAACCAAGUGCUUCUGAAUCUGUGGUCUGGGCCAUGGCUCAGCCCAGAGUGUUUCUUAUACUUUAGGCAGUACACUUUCUACCUCAGAGUUGAUGUGGAGAGGAAGAGGUGUGUGCGCAUAUGUGUCUCUGCAAGUGGACACGUGUGUGUUGUUUUUGUUCAGUAUUAUUAACAGUAUUAUUACAGUAUUAUUAAAACCUCAUGGAACCCUCCAACCUGGUCGUGUCACUGAACUAAAUCUAGAGUUCAAAGCCACCUGGAAAGAAGGGCCAGGGACAUGAAGUUCACCCCUUAAAAUCGAUAAAGGUCCUGGGACCAGAGGAGACAGCUGGCACAGGCUGGACUUCUCAAGCUUGUUUUCCAAGUUUCGGAGAUGGUAAGCCACUGCGGGUGGAUGGUCGCCAGGUGGGCUCCAGAACCCAGAUCUGGAGCGAUGCUAGUGUGUGCUGUUAACCUGCUGUGCUGCUAGGCUGGCAGGAGUAGCCACAAACGCCUUUAGUAUCAGGAAGUGAGUACCAGAGCCUGGGUGAAGAAAGGUCUUUUUGCUGGGGGCUCAGGGAGCAGAUCAGUGAAGAGGCAGCUUAGGGGAUGUGGGUGGUCAGUGAUGCCAGGGAAGUGCAACUUUAGUUGCUCUGGAAGGUUUGGGGUUUGGGGAAACAAGGAGAAGGAAAAGGGCACUGGAGAGAAGAAAAGGUGCAGUCAUCCUCUUGAGGGGACCCAGGAUCGUCUCAGUUCUAUUAUUCAUUUUCGUGCAGACACAAUAAACAGGAUAAAUAAAACUGUAUGAGAGAGUGUAAGAGGAGGAAAGGGCACAGGGAGAGGUGAAUGCAUGCUGUGGGUGGGAGUUAGAAUUUUAUAUAAUGGCCAGGGGAUGCGUCCCUGAGAAAUGGAUUCAGCCCUGAAGGAGAUGAGGGUCAGAACCACACAGGUGCACCGUAUCCCAGAGACCAAAUCAGCAGCGACUGGUGGGGGAGGCUUGUGCGGCUACACUGGCCUAGAGCCAAGGAUGCCGGAGAGAAUGGUUGGGGCGGGGGGAGGGCGCGGGGAGGCCCUGCUUCCUGACAUACACAGAAAGGUAAGGCUGAAAGGAUCUCUAGGAUCAAUCCGCCCAGCGAUUCCCAGAUUUGAAUUUCACGGAUCCGUAAAAUGGCCGACAUGGCUACCAACUUAAUUUUAACAGAAGGCAGUAAAAACUACCAACCAAUAUUUUCAUCGUCUCAGGAUAGGAUAUUAACAGCCUCAGAAAAAUGACCAUUCUUUUGACUACAUUUAAAUACACAGAAACACAUCCAUAAGUAAAAUCAUUGUGAUUUUUUUCAACUCACUGGGAAUAUCAAGGGUUGAGACCGCAGUGGGUGGGCUUAAAAGCCCAAACUAGUCUCCGACAUUUCCUAAUGGUUUCACUAACACAAAUAUUGUAUUUACUUUUCCAUGCUUCUUCCUGUCAUACAUGGAGAUUGGGUUCAGGGGAGAGGCCAUAUAUACUCAAAGAGAAGACAGUGUUUUAGGCAAUUCCCCACUUUCCCCUGAGAAAAAUCCAAAAAGUGUGUUUUUACCAUUUUGGCUAAAUCUAUAAUCACUGAAUGAAAUUAUCAAAUGAUGGUA